GUAUGUUCUUUACUUUGCAUAGCAUUUGUUGAGGUGGGAGUUUCCAGUUACCUAGGAAGUUCAGUUCAUCACUUUCCUGCGCAGCGUGAGUGGACUUUAGUGUGGCCGUGGAAUGUCAAUUCAGGAAAAGGUUUUUUCGAAGCCACUGCUUCAGGAGAAAAGGAGUUCAAUGAAAGUUUUGUAACUCCUGAACCAGGAAUCUACUUUGUCGCACUUAAUCUACACAUAAUAAACACAAGUGAUUGUUGCUUAAAAGCAUCUUUGGUGAUAAAUGACGAGUUCGAGGAAAACAAUGGAAUUAAAGGUGUGUGCAGUAAUACUACUUCAAGAAGAACUUUAAGCCUUUCAGGUUUACUGCGCCUAUAUGAAAAUGACCUGUUAACCAUGUACCUUCAUGGGUCGAAGGGGACAUUGUUGGCUAACAGCACGUUUUCAGUUGUGCUGAUUUCGCGUAUAGGCUCUGUACCGGGAUUUCAUGCAGUUUUAUCUGCAGACUUGCCGAUUCAAAUGAUAUCCAGACUUGAGAACUUUAGAACUGAUGGUACGAAGGGCUUGUUUGUUAUGCACAGUGGAACAUCUCCCUCCGUUGGGUUGUUCUGUUCAAUUCUUGAAGGGAUCUAUUUCUUUUCGUCCAAUUUAAACGUAAAAUCUGAAAAUCAAUUAACUGGCUGCCGUCUUGCUAUUGUUUUGAACUCGAACACCACUUUAGUUCAAAGGUACUCGCCUGGAGAAGUAGAGUAUUCCAUAAGUGUGUCUGGUAUAUUUUACCUCAACCGUGGGGAUUGUAUUGAGCUUCUUUUAAAGCCAACAGUUGGUGGAUCCGUCACAGUUCAAUUGGGCAGCAGUUUCUCAGGCAUUUUCCUUGGAAUGAAGACAGAUUUUUCUUCACAAUUUUCCUCCAGUGUUUCUACCGGUAAGCAAGCGGGAAUGGCUGUCGGAUGGAAUAAAGUCGAAAACUGGUCCGUCAGCAACCUAAGGCGAAAUUUUCAGUCACAAUAUAUGGUUUUAGAGAGAAAUAGUAGUACCUUUAUUUCUGAAACUGAUGGAAUUUUUUUAGUUUCUGCUUUGGUGAAUAUCAAUAGCUCUUCAAAUUCGAUGGAGAAAAACUUGGCUACUUUGCUUGUCGAUGUUGGUGACACUUCAACUGGUUUCACUGGUUAUGGUAGCCUUUCCGCCUCGAAGACCAGAUCACUUAGUGUCAGCGGGGUUAUUAACCUUAAAAAAGGAGACACGCUGACUGUUCGUAUAAAUAGUGAUUUUCACAGCUGGGAGAUAAUAGAUGGGCUACUUGGAGUUAACUUGGUUUCCAAUAACUGGCCAGGUGUUGCAGCCACACUUACUCAAACGAUGCCUCUUGAUUCUCAUGGAUGGACAAAGCUUACAUCAUGGAAAACGUCCAAUGUUUCUGGGUUAUUCUCGUUUGACAACUCGUUUUUCCCAAACCAUGGAGCAUAUCGUACAAAUGUUGAUGGCACUUACUUUUUAUCCUGUAAUGUCAUUUUUGAGGGUAGCCCAAGGGGUAGCCUUUCAGUUAUUAUAGCCAUUGAUGACGUCAUUGAUACUGGCAAUGGGCUCUUCUCGCUAAAUGAAAAUCCAAAGCGAUAUUCGACUCUUAAUGUUGUUGGGUCCAUUAGUCUCACAAAAAAUCAAACUAUCUCAGUCUACGUCGCGGCCACUGAAUUAUCAUAUUGGAACGUAUCAAGUAAAUCGGGUUUGUCUUUGGUACUUGUUGGAGCGAAGUUGCCUUCUACGCCUGGCGUUUUUGCAGGUGGGUCUUAAUUAUUCCUUAUUACCUGGUAAAUAUCUCUACAAGAAGCAUCCGACUUUACAUAUUUCCAUCUUUACAUUGACGCGUGCAUUAUCAAUAAGAAGUGUAUUUGUAGAGGUCAAUUUAUUGUAGAUAUUUGUUCUCCCGCUUACGACAUUAGAAUACCCUCAAUUGCACUUUACUUAUUGGAAAUAAUUGAUUGAAACAAAUAAAUGGUUUCGUUUAGAUCCUGUCAGUUGUUAUCGUUGUUUUCUGCUGAAAUUAUACCGACUGCUAUAUAAAAAGAAUUUUUUGCCUGACAGAAUGGUAAUCAAUCUUUUCUCCUACGAUUCGUUUCGCUGACAUCCUCUUUUCUAACGUGUUAGGUCUUCUUGUCAACUUUUUCUACCUGCUAUAUAUCAAUUAUACCAUGUUCUUUAAAUAUAAGGUUAUGUUCGUUCUUAUAAGCGUGUAGAUAAGUAGCAGUCUGUCAACUCCUUACAUAACGUCCGCGAACUGGAGGUAAGCGAAAGCAGUGACACUAGCACGAUGCUGUGAACCAAAUGAAUUAGUUACGCCUAACAGGGUGUGGGAAUUUUUAGUGAGGCAUUUUAACAGGUCUGGUCUUUAAAAAGGGACAAUGCAGGGGCACCCAACGACAAUUUUCGGAAAAUAUCUGUUCGGAAGACGAUUUGAUAUCUUUAAUUUCCGGAACAUUUGUUGUAAAAUUUCUUGCUUGCCUGCCUUUCCCAGAAUUUUCGAACAUCUAAAAAAAUGGUCUAAUUGCCUAUUUUUAACGGAUUUUUACCCUAAAAAGGUCACCUAGAAUUUUCGGGAGCCUUUUUUCUGGCUGGAAUUUUCGAAAAGGUAAGUUUUGAUCCCUAUAAUUUUCGGAUCACUAGACUUUUAGCUAGGAAAUCCGAACCGAUGAAAAAAUUUUUUAGAGGAUAAAAAUAUGCCUAUAUCUACCGUUUAAAUACUAAAAUACGUUUGUUCUCUAGUUAAAGAGGAAGAAGCCAACCCAAGUUCAUCCAGUGGAGAGAUUGAUAAGUGGAGAACAGUUCCGCCAACACCAGGCACUUUCUUUAAGAAAAGAUCACAGUUUAACUCAACAUCUGGAAGGUUUAAGGCAAGGGAGGAUGGCUUUUACCUUAUCAGUGCUAAUAUCUUGAUCUAUCAUUCAAAUUUAUCUCAAAUACGUUUGAACGUAUUACUUGAUGGACAAAACGACGACACUUCUCUGAGCACCUUUCAGCCAAGACAUUCAUCUUCAACAGGAAGCUUUUUUGUUAGUACUUUGACGCUUGCAGGCACGAUGCGACUUAUCUCUGAGCAGUAUGUCUCUUUAUUUUUAGACGUGCAGUACCUGAGUGGUUCUUCCUGGAAAGUGUUGAGUAACAGCAGCUUCUCCGUUGUUUUGGUUUCUCUUUGGGAUGAUGAUAAUGCCGCGGGAUUUCUGGCAAGAACAUCCCGGCCCUCAAACGGUAUCAUUACGUAUACUAAAGUUUAUUACUGGAGGGCCGAGUUCUCUAAGAAUCUUGAAGUCUCAGCCGUUGAAUCUGUUUAUAUAAAAGAAAGCGGUUUGUAUUUUGUACAGAGCGUUAUGAUCUUAAAUGACUUAAGCGGUAACGGUGUCUUUCACAGUGGAAUUUGUGCUUCAAUGAACCAAAUUCUAUUUAAUGGUUUUGCCGCGUCCAAAGUAAGUGAGGGGCUUGGAGGCAACUUUGUCAUAAGCGCAUUUGGAGUUCUUUUUCUGCAGAAAGGGCAAACAAUUGAUCUUUGCACGAGAUCUGAAAAAGGUGAAAAUUAUCAAUAUCUACAGAAUUCCUUUUUUUCGAUGGCAAGAUUUCUGGGACCCGUUCAGCUGCCAGGUCUUCAUCAAACAUUUCAAAAUGUCUACAAUGUAUCUUCACCUCAUGAACGGUCGUUUGCAACAUCUUUUUCAUCUGCUGGAAACCAACUCUCCUACAGUAAUAAUAUGUUCAAUCCAAAUCCAAAAUCACCUACAGCAAAGGGAGACUUCACGACAACCUUAAACGGUACAUACUUUUUCUCACUCUCAUUCACAUUGACAGGGAACGUCUCGGCAAAUAUUACUGCCUGUGUUGGGCCACAAAAGUGUCCAGAAUGUUACAUUGAAGUCGUUGGCACCUUAAACUAUCUAACCAGCACUUUUGGGUUUGUGGGGCUGUUGGACCUCGAGGAGAACGAGUUACUCUCAAUAUGUUUAUACUCCCAAGAAACAAGUUUCUCUCUCGUGUCCGCUACUCGUUCUGUUCAAUAUUUGUAUGAGCUGGGGCGUAUUGAAAUUGUUCAACUAAAGCAUCCAUCCAUUAGUUUUGGUUCAGCUGGAUGGCAUAGGCUAAUAGGGUGGAGGAAUUCCAGUGGUGAAGCAAUUCAAAGCAUUUACGUGAAAUACAGUGGACUUUACUUUCUGUCUUUAAACUUAUUGCUAAAAGCACCUUCUAAAGGUCUCGUUGGAGUACAAUUACAAGCAGAAGAAGCGGUACACCAAGAGAUUUUGUCGAUUGUAUCUAGUGCUGAAGCAGAUGAUAGUUUUUCAUUCAACGUUGCCGUUCUUAGUCGUUUAAAUGCCUCGCAAGCGAUGAGUAUUUCUGUUUACUUUGAUUCAAACCUACUAAACAUUGGUAAUAAUUCCACUUUCUUUGCUGCACUCAUCACAAAUAGUAAUAAGCAUCCUUGUCUGUCACUGAAAUCCAAACCAAGCCAGUACCUCGCUGAUCAAUGGUGGCAAGCUAUCGAACAAUGGGAAGAUGUUGACGUACAGUGCCUGUCUCCAAGCUCGGAAUUCACUAAAGGGUGGUUUGUUACUCAUGUUACUGGUGUGUAUUUCGUUGCUGCUGUAGUAAUGAUCAGGGCAUCUGGUACACUAAACCAAACAAGGUAAGCGCGUUAAAACUUGAGCUUUUUAUUCUCUUUUGUGAUUAAAAUUUACGUAACCAGUCAACUGUUUUUGUACCUGUGAUUGAUACAUUUAGUAAGAAAAUUCCGUAUGACUUUCUGAGUGUUAGUGUUUUUAUUGUUGUAAUAAUCUUGUUAUAGUGUCAUAUUAUACGCUGAAGCCUUUUGUAUCAUAACCCGUUUCCAUCGCUUUCGCCUUAGAGUCCUUAUUUUCAAGUCCUAGACAAGAAAUAAGUGCCUUUGUUGUUUUCUACUUUAAUCCUUAAAAUUGUCAAUAAUGGUUUGGUCAUUAUGUGGGAAAUAUGUGUUUGGCCUCCCCUCUUUAAGCCUAUCAAAGUUAUUAGAAUUGUGUGCUUACCUUUCAGAAUGGUUGAACUUUUGUUAUCGGUAAAUGGAGAAACGUCAAACACAAAUGGCUUAAUAGCAACCAAGGCUGCUACACCAGGCUCAACCGUUGCCCUCAGUUUAUCAGCGACUGUUUACCUGGAACUUUGGCAAACUCUGUAUCUGAUGAUAAGAAGCACUGGUGAUGGUAUACUGGAAGUACUCAAUGGGAGCACGUUUAGUGUGGCGCUCAUAGGUAGAUAGAAAUGUUAUUUUAACAGCCUUUGUAUCCUUACAAAGAAACCCCAUCGAGUACAUGUAGAUUAAAAUAUAUAUAACUGUUUCCAGUAUCUCUUAUUUCAACGGCUAUAUGACCUCGAUGUUGCGUAGUCGCAACGACGGUUGAGAGAGCUAAGAUUCGCAGUCACAGCAAAUUACAGUAUGGCCUGAUUCGCGUUUUGCUUUUACGUUUCUUAGAUUUUUGUAUUUAUAUUUUGAAUUAGUAAAUUAAGUUUUCCAAAGACCGCGUACAAAAACGCAAUACUUGGUUAUGGUAAUCGGAUACAGUACAAAUACACAAUAGACCUCUUCGAGAUGAAGACUUUUUAUUAUAGCCUCGCUUUUCGUUUUGCUUGUUCUGCGGUAGAAUAAAGAGCCAAGAAACCUUGUAACAGGCUUCUCCAUUGAUUAUUCUAGAGGAAACAAAGUUUUACAAAUCAGUGGCUAUGAAUAUUUCACAGUUUGACAAUGGUCCUCGCAUUAUACGUCAUCCACCACCGUCCGUUAGCCUCGGGGAGGAUUUAGGACAGAAUAUAUCAUGGACUUGUGAAGCGGUUGCCAAAGGUGCUGUGGCAUAUCAGUGGUUAAGGAACGAUCAGGUAGAGUGUGUUGAUGACUUUAUCGAUGAAGAACUUUUGCCUUAAAUCGUAAAUCAAAGAACAAGGUUUAACUUAUAAAUUCUUGCUUUUUUCCAAUUCAGACUAUAACAUCUUCAAAUGAUCUACUACUCACAAAUGUACAAGAUUCGCACUCGGGUCGAUACGUCUGUGUGGCAGAAUAUGACGGAGUCAAAGUGUUCUCACAGGCUGCUAAUCUUGACGUAUUUGGUAAAUACCAACCUAUGACAAUACUAUCUAUAUGGCCAUGGCUUGCUCAGUAGUGGCGUACCCAUUGCAUGCCGAGCGAUUAGAUCCUUAAUAUUAUCAUCUAUUACCCUAAAAAAUUAUUUUCAAUUAAAAAUGCUGUAAAGCGCUGGGAGUUUCAACCAUCGCAAUUCAUAUAUAGCCGUUAAAUCGUAAGUUAAAGUAGCGUUAUGAAAAAAUAUUUUUGGGGCUGGAUUUGAAUUUUAUUUAACCUGUAAUUUUGGAUUCGAUAUCAAAGUGCCCUCUAUUAACACAGAUUUUCAAGAGGUCGGUGUUGUCCAAUACGGAUAUGUUAGCGUCACAAUUAUUUUGUUUUAUUUUUUGUUGUUUUUGUUUUGAGGGGACUUGCAGUUGGUAAAACGUCCAGUCACGAUAUUCGCUAACACCCGACAAGAUUACAUAGCACAUUGAGUUAUAAUACUUGUAUGAAAUCUCUGUUGGUUUCUGGGAAUAGUAACUAUACUGUGUUAUGACGCCUUUUGUAGAUACUAGUCCUCAGUUUGAGAACCAAGUGCUUACUACUCCAGAGAAUAGUAAUGUCUCCAUUGAGCUGAACGUCAGUGCUUUGAACAAACGACGGAGGCCUGCCGACUUUUUCAUCAUGAUUGUGAAAGGUUUUAUAAAACAAAUUUAUCCCAUCAAUUUUGUUUCGAAUGUGUGUUUUAUUAAUGUGUUUUUUAUUUAUUAAUUGGAGCAAAAUAUAUCAGCCCCUUUCCUUGUUUUCUUUACAGGAAACACCAAUGGUACGUUUGUCCUUUCCGAGACAUCAAAAUUAAACAUUUCUUUGCGAAAUCAACUUCCUUUUGAUUACGAGACUACGAAACUGUAUCAACUGACCCUCAUUGCUACAAAUGAAGAGACCAACAAAACAACCUCAGCUAACGUGACGAUUAUUAUUACUGAUAUCAAUGACAAUCCACCGAUAUUCUCGAGCAGGUAAGAUACGGAGAUAUGUUCAGAAACGCACGCAACAAUGAAAAUUGGGAAAUUUGGAGAAAAUUUGCCAAAUGUUUGGCGGAAAUUAAAAAUGUUCAAAGAGGCCCUUUAAAAAGAGGCGAUGUUGACGAAAAUGGCGAUUUAGUGAAAUUUGCGCCACAGGUUGAACAAAAAUUCUAAUUACAUGUCCAAAGGGACCCUUUGAAAAAGUGAUGAUUUUGACCAAAAUGGCGAUUUCACGAAAUUUCGCCAAAGUUUUAAUGAGAAUUCUAAUUAUAUUUCCCAAAGGGCAGCUUGAAAAGUGGCGACUGUGACGAAAAAUGGGGAACAUGGCGAAAAUGACGAUUUGACGAAAAAUCGCCAAAGGUUAAACAAAAAUUCUAAUUGAGUGUUCAAAGGGACCUCUUGAAAAAGUGGUGAUUUUGACGAAAAUGGCGAUUUAACGAAAUUCGCCAAAGGUUUAAUGAGAAUUCUAAUUAUAUUUCCCAAAGGGCCGCUUGAAAAGUGGCCAUUUUGACGAAAAAUGGGGAACAUGGCAAAAAUAGCGUUUUGACGAAAAAUCGCCAAAAGUUUAACGACAUUCUAAUUACAUGUCCAACGGGGCCCUAUGAAGUGUCGAUUUUGACGAAAAUGGGGAAAAUGGCGAUUUGACGAAAAAUCGACAAUGGUUUAACGAAAAUUCUAAUUAGAUGUCCAACGGGGCCCCAAGAAAAGUGGCGAUUUGAUAAAAAAUCUCCAAUGGUUUAACGAAAAUCCUUGAAAACUGGCGAUUUUGGAGAAAAUGGCGAAAAUUUCAAACCCAAAAAAAUCCUUCGAUCCUUCACUUGAAAUCCGAAGUACCCCUUCCCCCCCUGGGAGUUGGAUGUAGUAAAAGGUAAAGGCACACACGAGCCAAAGGCACAAACGGCCGGACCUAAUCCCGGUUUCUUUAGCAUGAAGCAUGCCAAGGAGUAUUGCUACUCCCGCAGGAUAGGAUGCAGUGCAUUGCAGGGUUACCCCCAGCAGUAUGUCCCCAGUACCCAUUUAUACAUCUGGGUGGAUACAAAGUGGAGUAAAGCUCCUUGUCUAAGGAAACAACGCGACAGGCGAGGCUUGAACCACGGACCUCAAGAUCCGGAGUGCGAGGUGUUAACCGCACGGCAACAAACGCCUCCACAAAAUUUCCUUCUCGAAAAAAUCUCGAAAUCGAAAAUUUCAAACCCAAAAAAAAACCUUCUAUCAUCCCCGUCACUUGAAAUCCGAAGUACCCCCUCUCCCUGGGAGCUGGAUGUAAUAAUAAGUAAGGUUUUUGGUAUCACGACGGAGGAACAAUACAGGAUGUGUCAUUUGAUAUUGCAGUAGCAGAUACUUACCAUGAUUCAAGCGUUCAUGACAAGAAAGUGAUAAUUAUUCUUUUAUAUCCUUUGUGAGGUAAUAUUGUUGUUUAACUUUAGAUGUUAAGGAUUUUGAAUAUUUUCCGGACCUCAUAUUACCAAAAUGGAAUAUAGGUUUUAAAAACAAAACAAACAUGCACUAUGUCGCUUUCUAUAUCUGGUUGUUGAAAAGAUACAAAACCAGUUGGACAUGCAUAUACAAGAUUUUGUGGGGUAGUAUUUUUUAAGGUUGUUAUGGUCAGGGAAAAGAUAGGGGAAAACAAAUUAUUUUUAAUGUGGGGCAAAAGUCAGGGAAAAUCUUUGAUAUUGUGUCAGUUAGGAAUAACUUAGCAAAUUCUAUUUACGUUGCACCCAAAAUCCUGGAAAUUGCAAGGGUUGGAAAAUGAAGACAGGAAUAUUGAUGGUUUUCAAAAAACACCCGAAGCAAAUGUAAGCAGGGAUUGUUUGUUAACAUUAAUCAGCUUAUGCAAGGUCAGUGAAAAUUGUUUAGUGCUCUAUGAAAAGUAAGGGAUAAGACUGGGAAUUUUUUUUACUUUCUGAUGAGUGGCAACCCUGUUUUUGGUUUGGUUUUAGGGAUAAAUUUUUUAAGAUUUCUGGCCCCUUUCCAUAUAGCCAUAAUGGGACACGUGUUUUAAGAACGAAACAAACAUGCACAAUAUAUUAAAACUUUUUUAUACCUUAUUGGUACUUAAUUUCGAUUUUGGCGAGACAGUAUUUCGCGGGGUUUAAUUUUCGCGAUUUCAAUAGGCAGCAUUGAAAAAAGGACAUUAAAUUUUACGAUUCAAGCGUUCUCAACUUCUUUUUAUUUUUCUAAGAGUCUGAACUUUUGAAAAUUUCUUGAACAAGUAAACAAGGAAAACGCAUAUUUGAAAAAACUUUUUAGGUAUCUUAAUGAUAUUUCACAACAGAAAAUGCAAGAUGAGUCUUGUGUAUUUGCCGAUACAUAUCAUGUGUGUGUUUUUAUUAUUUCAUGUUAAUCAUUUUUCAAUUUUCUAUUUCAGUGUUUUUAAAUUUCGCGGCAAUUUUUAUACGCGGGUCUUUAAUUUCGCGAUUUGUUUUACAGUCGCGAAAAACGCGAAAUUAAAUACCCUCGUAAUGAAGUACCAACAAGGUAUUUGGUGGAUGUAAAGAUCUAGAAUUAGACAUGCGUAAUUGGUGUUAAUGUUUCAAUGUCAGUCUGGAUGGCAUCAUUUUGUGUAAUGUGGUGAAGUAUUGGGCACCAGUGACACUUCGUUUAGGUUUACAUAAGGUAAAGUGAGCCAAUUGUGUCCGCCAUUCCAAAAUGGUGUACACAAGCUGCAGCGUGUCAACGCUGGAUUCUGGCAUACAGUUAUCAGCGCAAAUUAACCCUUAUGCGGAUAAUUUGUGGAGGCUCUUGACGUCAUUUUAUACGAACCCAGUCUUAAAAUUGCAUUUCAUAGACAUUUCUGCCUCACAAUUUAUGGCUCAGUCAAUUCCAAGCGUGUCCAUCACCCCCGGGCAUUUGUCGGGCAUUUGUCAUCUUCUCGGUCCCUGCGGAGGGGAUUUGUCAGAAAACCUCUGCUCAGGGGUGGGACAUUUUUCAAUUUUUCUAGAAUAGGUUAACGUCGUUCCUUUUUCAAUAUUUCACUUAAAAAUAUGAAUAUUCAGAUAGCUUUAGACAUUUCAGUAAAUAACAUUUUUUAUACUUAUGCUUUAAAAAGAUAUGUGUGGUUUUCACUCCAUCACAUCUCUACCCACGGUAUGUUUUGCAUUUGUCCCGCCAUCGUGAUCAGUUCGCAUAUGGAUUAAAAAAAAUCAAUGUAUCGUUUGAAGAGUUUAAAGGAAAGACGCUUUCUUUGUCCGUUAAUGUUUAAAGGCAGAAAGGCCUAGAAAAGCUGGAUGAGAUAUAUAGAAGUUAAUAUAUAUUUCGUGUAUUGUACGAUCAAUGCGGCAAUUAAUACGCUAACGAAACGGUUGCAUUGUGAUGAGAAAAUACUCAUCUUAAGCUCGUCGGUUGUUUGUUUAUCAUUCACUAUAUUAAACAUCUUCAAAAAUAAGAAAGGUAUUUUGAAAAUUCUAUUUUGCAGUUGUGUUUUUGAUCUUUAAAAUCAGAUCAGUGUGAUCUUUUUUGCGAUAAUUAUAACGAGCGGCCAGGAGCAAUUUGCGUAAGGUGCUUCAAGCGCGAGUUUGAUCAGAUUAUUACAGAUUUCCCAUAAAUUUGGUAUUUGCAGUUUAUUUACUGGAAAAUGAAAUUUUGGUGUUGUCCCGGGGUGGGGCAUUCGCACCUUAUUUUAAAGUCCCACCGUGGGUUUUCAUAAUCUCUUAUAAUCUCGCCUCUUAUAAUCUUAUUAAAAUUUUCACCAGCCCUCUGGCGAUUUUUCCCGAUUUUCGCCAUUGAUGGCUGCUUUCACUAUUUUCGUCAUGUUCACCAUUUUCUUCAUAAUCGCCACUCUCCAAGAGGCCACUUUUGUCACCCAAUUUGAAUAUUUUCCAAACCCAUGGCAAAUUUUGCCAGAUUCGCCAUUUUCGUCAACUUCUCCACUUUGUAAGGAGCGCCUUUUGUAACCUCAUUUAAAUUUUCGCCAGCCGUCUGGCGAUUUUUUGCCAGAUUUGCUAUUUUCGCCAUUGCGUACAUUUCUGGACAUAUAAGUGAAGUUACGAUCAUAGACAUUAUUUAUAUUCCCUUCCACUAACUUGUGUUUCCGUCUCGAUUUUUGGUCAUCAUUUUGGACGUUGCUGCUUUAAGGAGCCUGUCUUCAGCUAUAAAAUAGAGCCAAAUGGUUUGUACUUCCUUGUGUUGUAGGUAGCUAGGGUGACACUUAACUAUCAAGGAUGAUAGCACGAGGGCCUCCCAUCUUAAUGAAAACGUGACCUCCGCUUUAUAAUUCUUCAUUCAGGAGUGUACAUUUUAGGGUGAAAUUGGUCUUAGCUUUGUCCGAAUGAAGGUGUUGCAUUAACGAAUAUUCAAUAAGGAAGGAUAAGGUUUUCUUUUACUGAGUUUGGUUAUGUGAUAGUUUUACAAUAUCUUAUUUUUCCUGGGAUUAUAGAGAUGCCGUGUCUGUCAAGGAAAACACCCCACAGGACACUGUCAUAUUCCAAGUAAGGGCCACUGAUGCAGACUACGGCAACAAUUCCUUCAUAACUUACUCUUUGUUGUCCACGGAAUAUGCGCAAAAAUUUUCCAUAGAUGGUUUAUCCGGGAAUAUUACUGUUAUUGGAAAUCUUGACUAUGAGAAUAAGAGUGAAAUCGUUCUACGCAUCAAUGCAACUGACGGAAUGUUCUCAGUAACCUCACAGCUAUUCGUCACUAUAACUGAUGUCAACGACAAUAAACCAAGAUUUACCAGUGGGUAAGAUACUUUGCAAACCAUAUGAUUUGCAUGACUACUGUAAUCAAGUAACGCUGUGUUAAAGAAUUUUCAAAGUUAGUACUUCGCGCAAUAUUUGUGUCCCUAAAAUGUAACCUGGAAUUACAACUUGAUGCGACUGAAAUACGCGAUGACUUGUGCCUUUCCAUUUGCUUUUUUGGUGGCACAGCUCCCAAUUCCAAAUCACUCACCCCAGUGUUAAGGGUGAGGUCCAUGAAAUGUUGGACAAGUAAGGAUUGGAGCACUGGUAAAUUGGCAAUGAAAGGUUUUGUCACACUCGGCUCAGAGGAAACUCUUCACUUCUCUGUGAACCGGUGAACUUUAUAAGGAGAAGAGCAAACGAUGUUUCCAACAGCGGUUUUGGCUUCUUCGAUACAGCUGUGGAUUUGCUUGGCAUUCCUGGUUUCGACAAGUACUGUACAGGUUCAAUCUUGGCUGCAUCGGAUUAAGUCUCGCGUUGUCAUAAAUUUGACCUUGAACGGAAAUGAUUUGUAGUUUUGGGCAUUAAACGUCAGACCUGCCAGGCGGAAUCUACAAUAAUCCCCCAAUAAAAGGCGCAUCAGUCGCUCAAAUGUCAUGGGCGCAUUGCAUAAUCCAAACGGCGUUACCCUUUCGUAACAAGUCGCAUGGAAUAAGACCCGCCACGCCAAAAAUAAAGCCAUAUGAAUGAAACAAGUAGAAAAACCUUUCAUUCUAGGGUCCGGUUUCAGGUUUAGUUCAUGCCCAACCAGUAAUAAGUUUGUUGUUUCUCUUACAUGAGCAUUUUUUACCUUUGAUUUAAGAAUUAGCGUAUCAGCUGAAGAAAACACGCCAUUGGGAAAAGUAAUAUUCCAAAUAAGAGCCACUGAUGCUGACUAUGGCAAUAAUUCCAUCAUAACUUACUCUUUGGUGCCCAGUGAUUGUGCAACGAAAUUCUCUAUUGAUGCUUCAUCGGGGAAUAUCACUGUUGUUGGAAACUUGGAUCCGUUGCUCCAUUGCUAAUAGGGCGUUUAAGAUGCGACUUGAAAAGUGUAUUUGCAAACCUGCAUUCUCUGUCACCCUUAUGGCAAUUCGCUUACUUUUUCAAAUGCAAGCGAACUCUUUUAGAGUUGAAUUAUUAAGAACUAUAUCUAAUUUCAGACAGAGAAGAGAUGUUUUCUCUACCUUGCUGCAGUAUAUUUUCUAUUGUAAUUCUUACAGUAUCCUAUUUCUCGUUAAAUUAUAGAAAUCGUGUAUCUGUUGAAGAAAACACACAGCCGGGGACUGUCGUAUUUCAAGUAAGAGCCACUGAUGCUGACUAUGGCAACAAUUCCAUUAUCACUUACUCUUUGUUGCCUAGUGAGUACGCAACGAAAUUCUCUAUUAAUGCUUCAUCGGGGGAUAUCACUGUUAUUGGAAACUUGGAUCGCGAGAACACGAGUGAAAUCACCUUACGCAUCAGUGCAACUGACGGAACGUUCACAGUAACGUCAGAGCUAUUUGUCAUAAUAACCGAUGUCAAUGACAAUAAGCCAAUAUUCAUCAGCAGGUGAGAAAGAAUACGUGAGGUCUUUUACAGCUAAUGACGCUAGACUCUAUAGUCCCUUGAGAAACCUCGAGAAAGUAAAAUACAACUUACGCGGGUCCUUCUGCCAUGCUUAACAAAAUACCUGGUUCACUAAAAGCGAAAAGGGAGCCAAGGGUGUUACAAUGUUCUAAAAAGUAUUUGAAAGUAACAAAAUGUACAUUUCUCCUUAGCGUAGUUUUCUCACGGUGAUUAAGUACACAACAAUUUUUUUUUCUCAAGUAAAAUAAAAUCUGCCUAACGAACGCCUACAUAACAACUGAUCCGUAUCUUAAGGGAAAUAAUCCAUAACAGCUAAGCUAUGGUAUGAACAGGUAAGGUCCAGGGCUUCUCUGUCGCUUUAUCGUGCAGUUACGACCUUUGCGCUGGUGGCUGUCUAAGACUAAUACGUGGACGACAAAGUAGAGUGGCUUAACCUUUGUUUUCUGAGACUAGCAGUUCUAGUGAAGUAGUGUUUGUCGUGGUAAAUUGCUCCUAAAAAUGUCAAAUAAACUUUCUGUGCUGUGCCCAUUCUGUAGCUCUUGAUAAAACGAAGUACAUUUACUUUUGCGUUACAGAAGCAAUAUAUCCGUGGAAGAAAACAUUCCUUCCGGAACUGUGAUAUUCCAAGUAAGAGCUACAGAUGCUGACUAUGGCAACAACUCCGUUAUUUCUUACACAUUGUUGCCCAGUGGGUAUGAGACGAAAUUCUCUCUUGACCCUUCAUCCGGGAAUAUAACAGUCAUUGGAAACCUGGACCGCGAGAACACGAGUGAAAUAAUUCUCCGCAUCAAUGCAACUGACGGAACGUUUCCAGUAACCUCAGAGCUAUUCGUUCUCAUAACUGACGUGAAUGACAAUGAACCGAUAUUUACUAGCAGGUAACAUGAGAUUCCAAUUUGAACUAAAUGCAAUUCAAAACAUUAUACUCAUGUCACAGAGUAACAAAUUUAUUUUUCCCAUUUUGUUGUAGAAAAAACGUAUCCGUUGAAGAAAACACGCGGCCAGGGACUAACAUAUUCCAAGUAAGAGCCACUGAUGCUGACUAUGGCAACAACUCCGUCAUCACUUACUCUUUGUUGCCCAGUGAGAAUGCGGGGAAAUUUUUCAUUGAUGCCGCGUCAGGGAAUAUCACUGUUGUUGGAGACCUGGAUCGGGAAAACACGAGUGUAAUCACUCUAGGCAUCAAUGCAACUGACGGAACUUUCACUGUAACCUCAGAGCUAUUCGUCAUUAUAACUGAUGUCAACGACAAUAAACCGACAUUUAUCAGCAGGUAAAUCAAAACGUAGGAUAGUUUCUGUUCAAGGAGAACCAUGCACGCAAGCCUUUAGCAAUGAACUUUCUUAUGCCUCUUAGAGAAGCCUGGGGCAAUGCUUGGCAUGAUAUUUGGUUUUUGGAACUUUCAAGUGAAGUUAUGAGCGUUUAAAUAUUCAUGUGAAAGUAUCGUUAUGUACAUCUGUCUUUUGCAUCAGUAUCAGUUAAUUUCUUUGUGUGAACACUAUUUCCCGAGAACAAUGUACCCUCGUGUUUAAUAUAAACAACACCAGGAUCAUAGGUGUAUCGUACAUUUAGGCACCCCGGUCUAGUUAACCUGUAGGAAGAAAGGCAAGUGUCUAGCUCUUUUACAUGACCAUCUCCGUUGCUCCAUUGUUAAUAGGGCGUUUAAGAUGCGACCGCGGCGGAAACGUCACUUGAAAAGUGUUUUUUGCGUUCCUUCAUUCUCUGUCGCCAUUAUGGCAAUUCGCUUACUUUUUCAAAUGCAAGCGAACUCUUGUAGACUUGAAUUCUCAAGAACUAUAUCUAAUUUCAGACAGAGAAGAGAUGUUUACUCUAACUCGCUGCAGUUUAUUUUCUAUUGUAAUUCUUACAGUAUCCUAUUUCUCGUUAAAUUAUAGAAAUCGUGUAUCUGUUGAAGAAAACACAUCACCGGGGACUGUCGUAUUUCAAGUAAGAGCCACUGAUGCUGACCGUGGCAACAAUUCCAUUAUCACUUACUCUUUGUUGCCUAGUGAGUAUUCGGAGAAAUUCUCUAUUGAUGCUUCAUCUGGGAAUAUCACUGUUAUUGAAAAAUUUGAUCGCGAGAACACGAGUGAAAUCAUUCUACACAUCAAUGCAACUGACGGAACGUUCACCGUAACCUCAGAGCUAUUCGUUGUUAUAACUGAUGUUAAUGACAAUAAACCAAUAUUUAGCAGCAGGUAA